AUGGCCGCUGAUGGACCGAAACCCGGAUUCUUGGGCAACAUUAACAAGGAUCAGAAGGCUAAAUUGCAAAAUCUUUGGGAAGUUCUGCUCAAGGCCGGUGAAACAUCCCUGAGCAAUGAACCGUCCAAUGCCUGCGAGGAGCAGCAUGUCACUCCAACUCAGCCGCAACGACGACAUUCUCUUCUUAGCCGCACCCAAAGUAACGUCUCAGAAACAAUCCCUGUCGCCCAAACACCGUACCAACAAAAUAUCAUGAAAUAUCUUGGCGAAAUGGGGGCUGGUGCCCCUGAGUCCAAAGCGAUUCAGAAAGCGCUCUCGAAGAUCACCCCCACUGAGCUUCGCACAGGGGUUCUUGAUACCCUAAAGCACGACCACCCUGAUGCUAUGAUGCUUCGCUUCUUGCGAGCUCGUAAGUGGGACGUUCCCAAGGCCUUCGCAAUGAUGAUGGAAGCAAUUGUGUGGCGAGUGAAGGAAAUGCGCGUGGACGAGGAUGUAAUGGCAAAGGGGGAGCUUCAUGCCCUCAAACAGACCCAAGAUACGUCCAACGUGAGCGAACAAAAGGCCGGAUCGGACUUCCUAUCUCAAAUGCGAAUGGGCAAGAGCUACGUUCAUGGUGUCGACCGGUUGGGUCGUCCGAUUGUGGUGGUACGAGUCCGUUUGCACAAACCGGGCGCCCAGACUGAAGAGUCACUGGAACGUUAUAUCGUUCAUGUAAUUGAGUCUGUAAGGCUUACUUUGGCUUCCCCUGUCGAGACUGCGGCUGUCUUGUUUGACAUGACAGGUUUUGGAUUAUCCAACAUGUGGUUCACUCUACAGGAAUACCCACCAGUCAAAUUUAUUCUCAAGUGCUUUGAGGCCAACUAUCCUGAAUCGCUAGGAAUCAUGCUCAUUCACAACGCACCUUGGGUAUUCUCAGGAAUCUGGCGUCUCAUUCGAGGCUGGAUGGAUCCCGAAAUCGCGGCCAAGGUUCAAUUCACUAAUAGCGUCGCCGACCUGGAAAAGUUCAUUCCCCGCAAUCAAAUUGUCAAGGAGAUGGGUGGCGCUGAGGACUGGUCAUACAAAUACAUUGAGCCUAGUGCUGAAGAGAAUUCAAGUAUGAAUGAUACUACCACCCGAGACGCCCUGAAAGGUGAGCGGCAGAGCAUCGGUGAAGAGUUCUUAUCUGCCACAUCCACCUGGAUUGAUGCGAGCAAAUCGAAGGAUGCUGUCAAAGUUCAAUCUAGUGAAAGUGAAAGAGAUUAUCUGGUAGAGCGACUUCGUGUCAACUACUGGAAACUUGAUCCCUAUGUUCGCGCUCGGCUUUGUUUGGAUCGGAUGAGGGUGAUUCAAGAUGGUGGUAAGAUCGAGUUUUAUCCCAAAGAUACACCCGCAGAGAGUGAAGAUACAACCAAAGAAUCGAAAGUGGAACAUCUAGAAAAGGUAAAUGGGACAGUUGUUCAACCAGUUUCUUAG